UAUACCUCCCUGAAUCCUGCCACAACCAUGACGCAAACAAACGGCAUUUCAAACGGCUACACCGCCACUGCUGGAACAGAAAGAUGUCUCCCUACUGUCACCCCAGGGGAAACAUUCUGGCAGACCGAGAAAGAUGAGCUCCAUGAUCACCGGUCAACAGAGCAAUUGCCCGAACACAGUGAUAUUGUAAUCAUUGGUGCUGGGUAUGCUGGUGUUGGAACUGCCUAUCAUCUCGUCAAAGACCAUGAUGCCAAAUCAAUCACUAUCCUGGAGGCCCGGGGUGCUUGCUCUGGAGCCACUGGCCGAAAUGGUGGUCACUGCAGACCUGAUCUUUAUGGCCACAUUCCCACCUAUAUUGAUCGAGCAGGAGCUACAGCCGGUGCUGAGAUUGCUCAGUUCGAAAUCGCCAAUUUGCGAGCACUGAAGAAAAUCAUUCAAGAGGAGAAGAUCGAUUGUGAUUUUACCUUGACUCGAUCUACAGAUGUCUGGUGCAAUGAAGAGUCCGCGAAGAAGGCUAAGGCUGUUUACGAUCGAAUGGUGGCCGAGAAUUUCGAAUAUAUGGAGGAUGUUGUUUUUUACACUGGAGAUCAGAGUGAAGGUAUUUCCGGUGUCAAAGGCGCAAAGGCUUGCGCCAGCUUUACAGCUGGUACAAUGUGGCCCUAUAAGUUCAUCAUGCACCUUGUCCGAUUGAUCGUCACAGCCGGCGUCAACCUACAAACACAUACUCCAGCCACAUCCGUGGAACCAUGUCAAGAACAAGGCGGUUUUACAAUCACUACCCCUCGAGGAAAGAUGCACGCUGGAAAGGUCGUUUACGCCAAUAACGCCUAUGUGUCAGGUGUUCUCCCUCAAUAUAAGAAGAACAUUAUCCCCUGCAAGGGAAUCUGCUGUCGAAUCACCCUCCCAAAGUCCAAGGGAGCCUCACCCCUUCUCACAAACUCAUACAUCAACCGAACUGAAGAUAAUACUCUCUCAUACUUGAUUCCCCGUGCAGACGGCAGUAUCAUUGUCGGCGGUGCGGCAGCUGUCUUCCGAAACUCCGAACACCAGUGGUAUGACAACGUGGACGAUAGUGUCCUGAUUGAAGUUGCAAAGGACUAUUACAAUGACUAUAUGCAGCAAACAUACCACGGAUGGGAGGGAGCCAAAAUUGACAAGAUUUGGUCCGGUGUGAUGGGAUACUCUUAUGAUUCCAACCCGCAUAUUGGUGUUGUUCCCGGGGCUUCAGAUCAGUACAUUCUUGCCGGCUUCAAUGGUCAUGGUAUGCCUGUUAUUUGGCUGUCAUCAAAGGAGAUGGCCAACAUGGUGAUGAAGGAUGUUUCAUUUGAGGAGACUGGUCUCCCUCGGCUGUUCCAGACCUCACAGUUCCGUAUCGACCGGGCGUUGAACGGGAAGGAAGAGGAUGGCGAUAUUCUUGGAACUGGCAAAGCUGCUGCUACCAAGCCAUAA